AUUUUUUGGGGGUUUAUAGCAUGUCCAGUCAUCAGGAAUGCCCACCCUUCCUUCAUCUCGAGGAAAACCAUCUCUCUCUCUUUCUUCCAUCAUCAUUGCAAUUAACCAGCGAUGCAAGAAACAGAAAUACAUGAUUUGUCCGACGACGCCGAUUACGCAGCCUCUCAACAGCAAGGUUCGGUGACCUUGUCUCGGUGCAAUAGCAGUAAACGGAGCUCGGUAAGUGAGCCGGAGGGUGCGGAAAUUGUGUACCUGAAAGAUAAUGUGACAAUUCAUCCAACUCAGUAUGGGUCCGAGAGAAUUAGUGGGCGAUUGAAGUUAAUUAAGCUAGGGCCUUCUCUGUUUAUGACAUGGAUUCCCUACUCAGGGCAAAGCUCAAAUGCGAGGUUGUCCGAGAGUGAUAGGAAUCUAUAUACGAUCAGGGCAGUAUCUUUUAUGGAUGUCAGCUCAAUUCAUCGGCACACUCCAACACUUGGGUGGCAGUACAUAAUUGUUGUUUUGUCUUCAGGACUAGCAUUUCCUCCUCUUUACUUCUACAAUGGAGGAGUCAAAGAGUUCCUUGCUACAAUAAAGCAACAUGUUUUGCUUGUAAGGUCAGCAGAAGAUGCAAAUGUUUUUCUUGUGAAUGAUUUUCAAGAUCGUCUGCAGAGAACUUUGUCCUCUUUGGAGUUGCCUAGGGCUGUUGCUGUUGCAACUGGGCCAUCUUCACCUAUCUCAGAUGGUGGGCCCCCCUCAUAUGAAAAUCAAGAGAGGACUGAAGUAGGUACUUUUGAUGGAAGUGCCAGUCUUAUUCAGCACAAUGGUAGGCAGAGGCAAAAGUUUCAUGAUCCUGCUCGAGAUAUUUCAAUUCAACUAUUGGAGAAAUUCUCUCUUGUGACCAGACUUGCUCGGGAAACAACUUCACAACUUUUCCGAGAUAGUGAUAGUGAUGUUUUUGGUGCUAAUGAGAGGAGGAACCAUGACCAGACUCCCCAUCCUUACCCUAGUAUUGUUGCAUCCAAUAAUGUGGAAGAGGUUCCCAAUGAAAUUCCUAUAGCCUCAGAUCCCUUGGAGUUUGAUAAAUUAACACUUGUAUGGGGAAAACCGCGCCAGCCUCCCUUAGGGUUUAAAGAGUGGUUGAUUUUCUUUGAUUCUGAAGGGCGAAUCAUGGAUUCAAAAGCUUUAAGAAAGAGAAUAUUUUAUGGGGGAGUUGAUCACAGACUGCGGAAAGAGGUCUGGCCAUUCUUGUUGGGACAUCAUGCAUAUGAUUCAACAUGUGCAGAGAGGGAAUAUCUUGUGUCAGUUAAAAAGUCAGAGUAUGAGACAAUAAAAAACCAGUGGCAGAGUAUCUCGCCAGAACAGGCAAAAAGAUUUACAAAAUUUAGGGAGAGGAAGGGCCUUAUUGACAAAGAUGUGGUAAGGACUGAUAGAUCACUCUCAUUCUAUGAUGAGGAAGACAAUCCAAAUGUGAACCUUUUACGAGAUAUACUGCUGACAUACUCCUUCUACAAUUUUGACCUUGGUUAUUGUCAGGGCAUGAGUGAUCUUCUAUCGCCAAUAUUGUUUGUAAUGAGGGAUGAGUCAGAAUCAUUUUGGUGUUUUGUUGCAUUGAUGGAACGACUUGGACCAAAUUUUAAUCGCGACCAAAAUGGCAUGCACUCUCAACUAUUUGCAUUAUUAAAGCUGGUGGAGUUGUUAGACAGCCCAUUACAUAAUUAUUUUAAGCAGAAUGACUGCUUGAAUUACUUCUUUUGCUUCCGUUGGGUUCUUAUACAAUUUAAAAGGGAAUUUGAAUUUGAAAGAACAAUGCGGCUGUGGGAAGUUUUGUGGACUCGUUAUAUAUCCGAGCACCUGCACCUGUAUGUCUGUGUUGCAAUACUGAAGAGGUACCGUCGCAAGAUAAUGGGGGAGCAGAUGGAUUUUGACACGCUCUUGAAGUUUAUAAAUGAGCUCAGCGGUCACAUUGACCUUGAUGCAAUCCUUAGGGAUGCAGAGGCCUUGUGCAUAUGCGCUGGUGAGAACGGAGCUGCUUGCAUUCCUCCUGGAACUCCACCUUCAUUGUCCAUUGAGGACGGCUUAUUAUACUCUCAACAAGAUGAUGAAGUAUUGUAGAAAUGUUCCCUAAUUUUGGGAGCAUAUCUGAUUCGAUGUUCACAAAAAAUAAGGAAGAUUAGCGUUUCAUGUAAUUUACGAUUUCUUAAUAUGUUUUGAGAUUGUUCGACAUAUUUCUUUAUGAAAUAUUUAUAUUGCAGUCAAAUGUAUUUAGCAGUGAGUGAUGGAGGUUUUGUGGGUGGCUCCACUUGCAAGUGUACACAUGUUAAUUAAUUUUGGGGGUUUUGGCUGCAAAAAAAGGGCUAAGGCAUUGUGGCUGUGUAAUGAUUGCAAUUUUUUGGGUAAUUUGGUUGGAAAAAAAUGCAAGGAUUUUUUAAGACAAAUUUGGGGAUGUGGAUUCUACGUGAGAUGAAGUCCGAAGUUUGGCAUCUUUUUGGGCCUUGGUGUCUCCACCGUUUAGAGGGAUUCCGCUUUUUUUUAUCUCUACAGACUGGGUGGAUGUUUCUGACACAUAAUAUCUUUCUUUGCUUUGUUGAUCAUUAAGGACUCCUUGUCCUCUCUUGUACUAUUUCUCUUUUUUAUUAAAUAAAAUUACUUUUGUUGUGAUCCAAAAAAAAA